CUCCCAUUUCUCACUUAAGUCCGAGACAAUCCUCGAAGAUAACAAAAAAGUUGUGAUGGACUAAUACCAUGGAUCAUUCAACUCAGUUCGUGUUCCUAAUACUGUGCUCCAAAUGUAUAGCCGUGAACAUAAAGAGGAUAGAAGUACCGUCACUCGUCGAAGUAGGUGUGGAAUCAGUCAUCCUCGAUUGUGAAUACAAUGUGAGCUCUGUAGCGCCGGAUAGCGGGCUUGUGAUGAAGUGGUUCUUCAACGGUUCCUCAGGCCUUGUGUACCAGUGGAUUCCGCCUCUGAGGCCGCAGGUCAUUGGCCUCUUGAAGGGAAAGGUUGACAUGAACUUCAGGAUUUCGGAGGAACCGCUGCAGGCGUAUCGGGCUGUAAAGAUCUUAAACCCGAGUACACAUUUGAGUGGGAAUUACACUUGUGUGGUAUCCACUUUCAUGGAAGAAGAUCGGCAAACUAGGUCGAUGUUGGUUUACAGUUCAGGAAAACGCUUCCAUUUCUAUCAAGAAAAGAAAUACGUAUUCUGGGUGACGUUAAUAUGCGUUGCAGAAGAUCUCUAUCCAAGGCCUAAAAUAGCUAUUUUAUCACAGGGCAAACCUUUAAAACAAGCGGAGACGGAGAUCACGAUGGACUCGUGGGGAAUGUACUCGGUGACAGUGACGGCAGUGGUUCACGACGAUGACGUUGUCCACCCCUGGGAAGAGUUCGUGUGUACCCUCACCUUGCCGCCAGCCAACUUCACCUCUAACAGGACCACUGUGUAUUAUCCAGGAGGUUUGAUCUACGGGUACCAGGCAUACGUAUGGGUUGAAACAAGGAUAGUAGCAUACACGAUCAUCAUGUACAGCAGGAAUACUAUCGAUAGCAACUUGACUGUGAGUUGUCCGCCGCCACCUGCUAAGAACGGGUCUAAAUCAUCAAGGGGCCUAGUGGGGCCUUGUCCUUUAAUUAUCUCGGACAGUCUGUAUGAUACCCGCAAAGAGUGUAGCAGGCGAUCUUCAGUUGGCAGUGUCGAAAUAGUGCAGGGCAUCGACCCACGUCUGUCACGUCAUGUAACAUUACUGCCCAAAUUGGAACUCAACAGCCCUAAUAAAUUGUUGGACGAUUAUUUCAUAAGUUAG